AUGUCUGGACUCGUCUCCGACGAGGUAGCCGAGGACUACAAGAACUCCUUGGAGGACCUUACCACCAACGAUCGUUUUCAGAUCAGCAACUUGACCGUCAUAGCCAAAGAAAACACGGAGCAUGCGAUGGCGAUCUCGAGGGUUUUGGAGAAUCACAUUCGAUCAACACCACCGCCGCAGAAGCUGCCGGCUCUGUAUGUAGUCGAUUCCAUCGUCAAGAAUGUUGGAACCCCCUACACGCUCUUUCUGGGACGGAACAUGUAUCAGACCUUCAUGAAUGCGUACUCCUUGGUCGACCAACAAACACGUCGCAAGCUCGAUGAGAUGCUCAGGACGUGGAAGGAGCCCGUGCCGGGCUCUUUGGAUACGCGCCCAGUCUUCCCUCCAGAUGUCACUCGCAACAUCGAGAGCGCCUUGAUCAAAGCACGCACCGCCAUUCUCGAGAACCAGAAGAGCCGUCAGCCGGAUAUGCUUCGGCCCCGCGGAGUUGUUACUCCGACUGGAUGGGCCAACAGCCCUACACCACCGGGCAUGCGACCGAACCAACCUACUGCCGGCAACGGGGCGGGCCUUAGCACUUCGACUCCUCCUUAUGGUCAUCGCCCAGAUGUCCAGCUCGAAUCACUCAAUCGGGACCUGGAGGCUUUGAUCGCCUCGGCAAGGAAUGACUUUGCCAACAGUCCCUUUAAUCCCACCUCUCAACAACGCCUGAAGGCAUUGCUCGACCUUCAGAGGAUUUUGCAAAACCAGCAGCUUCCUCCCGAUCAGUUGAAAGCGGUCCGCGACCAGCUCGCUACAUAUGCAAUCCCGCCAGCUCCUGUCCAGAACCCCGCCCCGGCGCCUCCAGCUCCGGUUCCUACACCUCCCACGUUGCCUGCCUCACAACCGCUGUCGCAACUUUUGAACUCUGAGACCCUCGCAGGGCUUCUCAAAGCAACGGCUGGUAAUCAACAACCGACACCUCCGCCGCAAUUCCCUACCAUUCCCCAAAUGCCAACUACCAGCACACCGCAGCCUGCCGAAAACCCUCUAAUUGCAGCCCUCAGGCUGCGUGGGCUGCUGCCUUCUGCAUCUGCACCGCCGUCCUUGGCCUCUGGGACACCACCGAUGGGAGGCUCCUUGCCAUUUAUGAUUCCCGGUCAAUUACAAUCUACACCUCCCGCCUCAACACCACAAGCAUCAACUCCGUCUUCAUCUACGGUUCCCAUGAACACCGCAUCUAUGAAAAUCCCUCGAAUCACUCUUGUUGUUUCGCUUUACGAGGCGAAACCCAACCGAUGUGGCACUUGUGGCCGGCGCUUCCCCGCUACGGAUGAAGGGCGAGAAAAGAAAGCCCGUCAUUUAGACUGGCACUUCAAGACCAACCAGCGCAUGGCUGAUGCUACUAAGCGAGCUCAGACGCGCAGCUGGUAUGUCGACGAAAGGGAUUGGAUCAAAUCCAGAGAGCCUAGUGACGAUCAAAACCCGGAAGAUACUGGGGCCACCGCAGAAGGGGCUGCGGGAGCAGAUGGCAGUGCCUCCAAGCAAGGGCCGCCCAAGCCGUGGAUCCGGGCUCCGAAUGAAGCCACUCUCCGCAACACCCCCUGUCCUAUCUGCCAGGAGCAAUUCGAGUCGACCUGGUCGGAGGAUGUGCAAGACUGGAUCUGGCAGGAUGCAGCCAAGGUCGGUAACCGGGUUUAUCACGCCAGUUGUUAUGCCGAAGUAACCAAGGACGGGCCGGCACCACGGGCCUCAACACCGCAAGCACGGACUGGUACGCCGGACUCGAUACUGGGCAAGCGAAAGGCAGAGGGUACGGAAUCUCCAGGACAUAAAGUACGUGUCAAGACGGAGCCGUGA